GCAAUGAAAAUUAACAGACGCGCCGCUAAAUAGGGAGAUCAUCGCGAGGGAACCAGAAAGAGUGAGUGUGUGUCUCUGACCUUAAAACGAUGGCGUUUUCCUCUGCAACCGCUACUGUUUCUCAAAACCUAACCUUUGCUUCCUCUAACAAACUCUCAUUCUCUCAUUCUUCUUCUUCUUCUUCAACGUCGUCGUUUAACUUCCUUUCAUUUCCAUCAUUUCAAUCAAAGUUCUGCAAAACCAUCAUUUCCUCUCCACAAAUCACACGCGCACACGCGCCUCCUUCUCCCUCAACAACAACCACCGCCACCUCAUCCUUCCAUGGUCUCUGCUACGUUGUCGGUGAUAACAUCGACACCGAUCAGAUCAUCCCCGCCGAGCAUCUCACUCUCGUCCCUUCCAACCCCGACGAGUACCAGAAGCUCGGUUCCUUUGCUUUAAUUGGACUCCCUGAUUCUUACGCUGUCCGAUUUAUCGACUCCGGCGAGACCAAAACGAAAUACUCAAUCAUCAUCGCCGGCGAUAAUUUUGGCUGUGGAUCCUCCCGUGAACACGCACCGGUGGCAUUAGGCGCCUCCGGUGCCGCCGCUGUAAUAGCGGAGUCAUACGCACGGAUCUUCUUCCGGAACUCCGUGGCUACUGGAGAGGUGUAUCCGGUUGAAUCUGAGACGCGAAUCUGCGAGGAGUGCCGUACGGGAGAUGUAGUGACGGUUGAGCUCGAGGAGAAUCGAUUGAUCAAUCACACAACCGGAAAGGAGUAUAAGUUGAAGCCUAUUGGAGAUGCCGGUCCUGUCAUUGAAGCCGGUGGUAUCUUUGCCUAUGCUAGGAAAACCGGCAUGAUUCCUACUCGAUGAG